AUGACUGAGAGUCCACAAAAUUCUCAAAAACAGGGUAAGAUCGAGCCCGAAGAAGUCUUUCAACGUCUCGAGCACAUCGGCCGUGGAUCGUUCGGAGAAGUUUAUAAAGGCAUUAAUAUCAAAACAUCGAAUAUCGUAGCAAUCAAAAUAAUCGAUUUAGAAAAGGCCGAGGAUGAAAUCGAAGACAUUCAACAAGAAAUUCAAGUUUUAUCACAAUGUAAUUCGCCGUAUAUAACGAAAUAUUUCGGUUCUUAUUUGAAAGACACGAAACUGUGGAUUGUGAUGGAAUAUCUCGGUGGAGGUUCGGCACUUGAUUUGAUGAAGCCUGGCCCAUUCAGUGAACAAAAUAUCGCCAUUAUCUUGCGUGAAGUGCUCAAAGGCCUGGAAUACCUUCACUCGGAAAAGAAAAUUCAUCGUGAUAUCAAAGCUGCUAAUGUUCUUCUUUCGGAACAUGGUGAUGUCAAAUUAGCAGACUUCGGUGUUGCAAAACAGUUGACUGAAUCCAUGAACAAAGGCAGUACAUUCGUUGGUACUCCGUUUUGGAUGUCACCCGAAGUCAUCUUACAACACAAGUACGACUAUUCGGCGGAUAUUUGGUCACUUGGUAUCACUGCGAUUGAAUUGGUCAAAGGCGAACCACCAUAUGCGGAUCUGCAUCCAAUGCGUGUGUUGUUUCAAAUACCCAAAACUCCACCACCACAAUUAGCGGAGAAUCAUUCGAAGAGUUUUCGAGAAUUUGUCGAAGCUUGUCUACAAAAGAAUCCUGAACAUAGACCCACCGCGUCGCAACUACGUCGAAUGAAAUUCGUUUCGACGACGAAACCAACGAAAUAUCUGGUCGAAUUAAUCUCCCGUUUUCAACAUUGGAAGAAAACACAUGAACACGGAGGUCGAUCCGAUGGUGAAUCUAGUUCCGAUGAUGACAAAUCCAAAGAAGAAGCUGAACCAUGGGUUCCGACGGUAAAACUACCAUCCAAUCCAAAUCUCGAACAGAAUCAAUUCAAUCCAUCGUUAGAAUCAAUAUUUAAUGAUCUUUCCAUUCGUUAUAAUCUUUCGCCUUCCGGUAAUCAUUCUACACGUGACUCACAAAAUGGUGUUGAUCUAUUUCAAAAACUUCGACAGUUAUUCGAAGACACGCAAAUUCGCUACCCGGAAUUCGGCCAAGAUUUCGUUCGUACGAUGCGCGAACAUCUUCUCAAAGCAAUCACCAACCCGCCCUCACCACAUCCAUCAAUUGAAUCGAAGCCGAAGCCCAACAAAAUUCAGUUGAAACCUGACACAGAUAAACUGAGAAUUUAA